AAACAAUUAUUUCUUAUUAAAAUUAAUUAAUUGCUUUAGUUUUUCUAACACUUUUGGUGACCAUAAAUUAAAAUUUAAAGGAAAACUAUCGAUAAUGAGGCUUGAAUGAUUGGUUAUCACUAUCUUUAAUCGUAAUAUUAUCUUUAUACGUACACGUGCGUUGGUUUGUAAUUUGUAUUUGAGAAGAUCUUCUCUACACCGUGUUCAUCACAUAAUGUCAGAUUCGCCAAAGCAAAAAGGAUUGAAUACUUCGAAUGUUGGAAAGUCCUCGCCAGCUCGAGAAGUGGAUGUUUACGCUGGUCGGCCCGCUCAAGGGCAUAGUGGUAAUCUGACAGGCAACCGCCGUAUAUUGAAAGAUACCGCAGCAGAUAUUUUCAAUCGUAUGCAGCAAUGGAAAGUUCAUCAAGAUAGAGGGUGUGUUGUGAUAUCAAAUAUAUUCAAUUUGAGAAUGGAAAGGUUAGGCAUACAAUUUCCAGAUCAGCUUGGUAUUUUAGUGAAGGAACUAAAAAAUUUAUGUGAGCAAAUGUUUGAUAUUGUUGAAGGACUCAAAAUUAAAUUAAGGAACCUUACAGCCAUAUCGAUUUUAGAAAAAGGCAAUUCGACUCCUCUUUUCAUAUCAUGGACAACAGAACAUUUUUGUAAAAUAACUGAGAAAAUAUUAAGAGCGUAUCAAAAAGAGCAAAAACUUCAUCAAAGUCUACUAUUGAGAAUAGCAGACAGCAUGGAUCCUGAUAUUCUGUUAUUUUAUCUUUCAUGUUGGACAUAUCAACCAUAUUUAGAUCAUACCAUUGAAAAAGAAUUACAUUGUAUGAUUAAAGAAACUAGACAUGUAUGAGUUAAUUUAACAAUAAAUUAAGUUAGAAUGGUUAAGAAUUAUAAAAA